AUGGGAUCAGAUUGCCACCAAGGUUGGACUUUUAAUGAAGGCCACUGCUACAUGUACAACGAAACAAUAUUGAAUUGGUAUCCUGCAAAGACUUGGUGUGAAGAAUUUGCCUCUUACUUGGUGGAAUUGGACAGUCAAGAAGAGUCGGACUGGAUCACAAAUAAAUUUUUGAAAGCCGAUGUUUGUGCCAGCGUUCAGUUCUGUUCAACAUGGUCGGGCGGAAAUGACAUCACAACAGAAGGGGUCUUUAUAUGGGCACAAUCAAACGCACCACUUGUUUAUACAAACUGGGCACCGAAACAACCGGCCAAUGGAAUGAACAUGCGAAGUAAUGGGAAAUGGAAUGAUGCUAAGUGCAGUGAUCAAUUUAAGUUUAUUUGUGAAAAAUCUGCUUGA